AUUAUUAAUAUAUUAAUUUUAUUUCAUAUUAUUUUAGUUUACUUUUCUUUUUUAUACAACUAUAUAUGAGUUUCAAAAUUCACGGGAUUAUAAAUUUUCAAGAUGAUUUAAUCCAGUAUGGAAAUAAAAUCGAAUUCAUGCACCUUUAUUUGGUUCUAACAAAGAAAAUUGUGAAAUCAGGAAACAGAAUUGUUCGAUAUAUAAUUCAUUUCAAGUCGCAGCUAUAAUUAAACUAUUAGUAAUACAUACAGUUGGAUGUUGUGACUACUUUUCAAUUAAUAUUUGAUAUUAUGAGAUGACAUAUAAUGUGUCCUUGUAUUCGAGGUUAGAAUAUAUUACAAAUCUAUAGAAGAUUAUUGCUAGUUAAAUACAAUCGGUGAUUGUAGAAGAAUCUUAUUAGUGUCAUGGCGUGACAUAAUGACAGAACGUACAUUUCUGACCGACGAAUUCGGUACUAAAUUUAAUAUGUGGGGUGGAUUUCGUUAUAACAGGGGCUUCCUAAUAUUGUUCCUGAUUCAUGUUAUUGCAUUUCAAUGUUUUAUAUAUUAUCAAGAGCGUUAUAAAUGGCAAGAAUUAAGAAACACGUUGGAGUCAAUAAUUGUUGAGCAACGAGAUAUAUAUGGAUUAACAUAUAGUGUAAUUAAGAGGUUAGAAGGACAUAAUAUGCUCAAUGGAGAAAAACAGGAUCUCACAAAGAAACCUACUAUUUAUGCCAUCACUCCCACAUUUACCAGACCUGUACAAAAAGCUGAACUAACACGAUUAUCGCAGACAUUUUUGCAUAUACCAAAUUUUCAUUGGAUCGUUGUCGAAGAUGCGGAAAGAAAGACUAAUCUUGUUACACGAUUUUUAGAGAAUAGUGGUUUAAUUUAUACGCAUUUAUCUGCAGUAACUCCACCUAAUUAUAAAUUAGGUCGAAACGAUCCGAAUUGGAAAAAGCCUCGUGGAGUCGAACAACGAAAUGCGGCAUUACGAUGGCUUCGAGAAAAUCUUAAGCUGACUGACAAAGGAAUAGUAUAUUUUGCAGAUGAUGACAAUACGUAUUCGAUUAAAUUAUUUCAUGAGAUGGAAAAAAUAAAUAAAGUCGGCGUUUGGCCAGUGGGUUUAGUUGGUGGUUUAAUGGUUGAGAAACCGAUAUGUGAUAAUAUGACUAAUACAAUAAUUGGUUUUAAUGCUGCCUGGAAGCCAGAUCGUCCAUUCCCAUUGGAUAUGGCAGGUUUUGCAAUCAAUUUGCAACUUUUAUUAGAAAAUAAAAAUGCUGUUUUUUCAUAUGACGUUCAAGGUGGAUAUCAGGAAAGUGAAAUUUUGUCUCAAAUCAUCACUAGAAAGGAAUUGGAACCAUUAGCAGAUUGUUGUACAAAGGUGUAUGUAUGGCAUACACGAACAGAACCACCGCAAUUAAAUGUGGAACAAAUGUUAAUAAAAAAAGGUAAACAUUCAAAUAUAGGGAUUGAAGUGUGAUAAAAAUAUUAGAUUGUAGUUGCAAUUAAAAGAGCCUAUGCAAGAUUAGAUAAUACAUAAAAAUAUUGCAAAAGUAAAUAUUAUUAUGUUCGCCAUGUUAUAAAAAAAAAAUAAAUUUUAUAUACAUUUUUCAUUAAUGUUCAGCCACAUAUUUUUAAAGUAAGAAAAAAUACAGUGCCAUGACAGGUAAUAGCUUACAAUUAUAUAUUCGAUAUUAUAAAUAAGGAUAUUAUAGAUAUAAUAUUAAUAAAUUUUAGAUAGAAUAUGUUUAUUAAUGCAUGAUAACAUGGUGGAUUGAAUGAUAUAUUUUUAAGCUUUAUUUUAAUUUAUAAAUCGAUCGCUUUUUAUACUUUUAACGCGCCUAUUAGUACUAAUUCUUUUUAUUUUAUACCGCAAAAUGCGCGUUAAUUUUUAAAAAUAUAAAGAAGAAAUAGUGCUCGAAUAAAUAAAAUUUUUACGUUAAAAAAAAAAUGGAAUAAUGUCCAGACGUGAAUCAUUUGACCUUAAAAAUGUUCUUUAUCCUUUAUUAGUCGAGUACGUUUCCUUUGACGCGUACAGAAAAAGCAUACAUAAAAAAUAUGCCUUACAUCUACGAACUUUAAUAAUAUUUGUGAUAUUUUUUAAGUUGGAAGAUGCGCAAUAAUACUUUUCGAGGGAAGCUACUUGGGUUACGGAUUUUGGCAACGAAUAUAAAAUAGCUAGAUAGAAACGUGUUUUUUCCUUCUCAUCAAAUUGCCAAUUUUUGACUCGAUGAGGAAUCAAAUAUUGCAAUGAACAAUCCUUCAUUUUUUCUUUUUUUUUCGAAUAUAUAUAUAUUUCUCGUGUAUAAUGUGUACUCGUUGACUUAUAAGCUAAUAAGUACUAUAUAUUUGGCAAAACUCUGUGUUUACGGUACGUAAAAAAGCUACCCAUGCAGAAAGUGUGUUCGCAAGUAAGGAUGAUUUUUAAUUUAUUUUUUUUAUAGGUAAAGGUAUAACUUUCUUAAAUAAAUAUACACACGAUUAAUUAUUUUUUGCAAUUCAUAUUUACUAGUCUUUUUGUUUCUCUUUUGUUUUGCGAACACACCUUCCAAUCUCGCAUACAACAUUCUAAUCUUACCGAACUCUUCUAAACUUAUUUCCAAUAUUUCUUAAAGUUUAGGAAAAACGUUUACAAGCAUUUACAAAAACUUAUCACAUUUUAACUGCAUUUUCUUGAAAGCCAUCUUACAUAUUAAGACAAAAAUUAUAUUAUUUUGUUUGUCGAAUAGAAUAAUAUAUAUAUAUAUAUAUGGCAGCUUUCGAUUGAUUUUUUUUUUUUUUUUUUUGAAUAACUUGCUCUUAACAAAAAAUUCGGAUUUUUAUUACAAUUAGCAAGUAUUGAUUUGGUAUUCAAAGCGAGAAAAAUUCAAUUUAUGUUUAAUUUAUCAAAGAUAUCGCUGCUUUGAUUACUCUAUACAUACAUAUUAGAGAGACUUAAAUUGUCGAAAGAUACAUUUGAGGACUUAUUAAAACGGUAUCGCGAUCGAUAUAUCGAAUGCAAUAUUCUUUUGAAAUUUUCCUUUAAUUUUCGUAUUUUACAGUUUUUUAAGUAUACUGUUCUCUAAUUGCAUCGAUAAUACGAUCAUGAUAAUGCACAAUUUUAUCGAUUAGAAUUCGAUCACAACAGCUGCCUAGUUCUCGUUUAGAUUACUUUCUUUCUAAAGGUAACUACAUGGGAUAUAUAAAAUACUAAUAAUGAAAAUGUAAAAAUAGUAAAGAGAUACUAGGGCUGCUCUUGCAUACGACGCCUCAACGAUGUAAUCUUUAUAUUAUAAAAUGUACAUGGUAAAAACUAUCACGAUAAAUUAAAUCAAGGAUAUAAAAAGAAAUAUCCAUGUAAAAAGUAUUUACCUUGAAAUAAAAGAUAGAAAUAUUAACUAACCGUGAAUAAACGCAUGGCAGAUAACCAAUACGUCAAUUAUGUUGAUUGAUACGGCAAGACAAUAGUAUAAUCAUACCCAAAAACUGAGCGAUAGAUAUUUUUGUAAAAACCAAAAACAUUGUUUACAGCUAGAAGAAACACAUACUAAAUCUUGUCAAAAGAUAUAAACGACGAAUUAAAGCGAAAAUUAAUAUUUAUUAUUAUUACUGAGUUAUUUAAUUCUCAAUGAUAACCGGUACAAUUUAUUUUCAUGAAGUUUCGCGCUUAAACGAAUCAGUCUUUGAAAUCAAGUCAUGUAUAAUCACGAAAUUGAUAAUUCGUCGUUUAAAGACAAAUAUAAAAAAAAAUGAAAUGCUUUGCGGGCCAUAUAAUACGACUUCUCAUUUAAAAAAAACAUACAUGAAUGGAACAUGUCGAAGGAAUAUAAUAACUUUAUAUAUGUACACAGAUCGAAGAAACACCAUAUAAAAUGAUGAAUCUCAUUUAAAGAGAGAGAGAAAACCUAUUCCACUCGUUUCCACUUCGUUCGCCAGCUUUUUAAAAUCUCGGAUUUUAUUUCUAUUAACUAUGAUGUUCUACCUAUUAACGUAGAAGAAACGAUAUGGAAUAAGUCAAAUGUACCUUUUAGUUUCGUGCUGUGCACAUGAUAACACAGUACUACCCAGCGUACUAGACUGCGGUUAUCUAGAGAGUGCCUCGAAGCAAUGAUCACUAAUUAUCGACCAACUUCUACCAAUUUCGCGAUUAAUUUUGUACAUUCUCUUUUUGUAUAAGCGAUCUAUCUAAUUUCACCUUGCAAUAUUUGCUACGUUACAUUACAUCGAUAAUUUUUUCUUUUUCCCCAAAACACAAAACGAAUUAUGUAUUUUACUAUAAAUCGUAAACUACAUUUGUGUCUCUCUGCUACACUUUGAUGAUUACAUCGGUGAGGGAAAGGGGAAAAAGAAAAAGAUUUAUUUUUCUUAUAAAUACAGAACUAUCAGGACUUGUGAAAAAUGUAUGUGCAGAUAAUUUUGCAUCGAGAAAAAUUGAUAAAGUGCAGACUUAUGAAUAAAUGCUAAGAUCGUUUUAUCGUAUCCUCAAGAAGAAGGGACAAGAAUGUACGCGCGAAUUAUCGCGUCGCUCAUAUUCCGCGAAUGAAGCAGUCGAAUACGAUUUUGUAUUGUUCGAUCGCGGUCAGAUGGCGCAUGGUGUCUCAUUUAUGAAACUAAACGAGAUGUCGCUUUUCAACAUCUCAGUACUUUACGUCCCUGCGCAAAUCCCGAAUAGAAUCGUGAAUCAAAAUUCGAAUUCGUUAAAGGAGAAGAUUUUUGACAAGUGCAAAAUUCUGUUCCCUACGUGUACGUUUCGGGAUUUACGGCUAUUUUUGUGUCAUUCGAGAACACUUGGCCAGGAGUAAUGUUUCCACGAUGAUUUACAAUCUAGUACGCCGGAAGAAUAUCUAGACAGCUGAAUCCUUUCCGACGAAACCGGUCUUUGAAACGGAUCUCUUCCCGUCAAACGUGAUAGAUGUCUCCCGACGCAGGCCCGAGUCGAUGAUCGGUGUGAUUUUCUUCUCUUCCUUCAGUGGUUCCUUUUCGUCUCUAAAAUGUUUCAAUAGAAAUUCACGGUUAUUAAUAGAAAACGAUUUGUCAAGUGCUUUCUUACGGUUACUUCUAAUAUUGGGCAUGAAAGAGCAUGUCGAAAUGCGACGCGUGGUGCAACAUUGAAUAAUACGCAUAAUGCAUGCCAUUACUCGUUAGUAUUGUGUAUUUGCAAUAAGGAUUCCUAUACUUCUUUUCAUCUUGGCGUAUUUUAUGUAAUAAGACGUGAACGAAUAAUUAAACUUGGGCUAUAGAUAAAUUGCAGAACGAAAGAAAUUUGCGUGGUAAAAAACAUUCACGAAAAGGAGCUUUUAAAGUCCGCUUUAUCUCCCAUUACUGUCCAUUACGAGAAUCUCCGCAUAAAAUCGCGAUUCUCGUAGGAGCGGGAACAAUUUGAUGGUGGCUUCUCUUCUGGCAGAUUCAUUUGGUAUUGUAUUCCUUAAACAUUCACAUAUAUAUUUCCAUACUCAUAUUUACAAUAAGUGUGAUUUUUUUUUCCAAAGGGGAAAAAACGGUAACACGUUCAACCCCCUCGUUAUAAAUACGAAUGUAUAUAUAUAUAUUAUAUAGUAUAUUAGGCACUAUGCUAGCACACAUAAUUCUUGCACGUGUGUGUUUGUGUGUGAGAAUGUUAACUCUCUCUUUCUCUCUCUCUCUCUCUCUCUCUCUUUCUCUCUCUCUCUCUCUCUCUCUUUCUCUCUUUCUCUCUCGCUCUCUCGCUCUCACUCUCUCUCUCUAGAUUUUUUUCAUAUACAUAUAAUACUUAUAUAUACUAUAUAUAUAUAUACGUUUGUACAUAUACAUGUGUAUACAGAUCGUAAUUAAUACGUACAAUCGCCGGAAAUUACACGUGAAUACCGCGAAUCCUUCAUAUUGUUGGAUCAUAUUCGCGAAACAAGUCCCUUUUCCAAUCUUCUUUCCACUCGAUCGAGCAAAGAGAAACAAAAUGGCGCUUAAAGAUAAUUGAUGCACUGUUCUUUUCUUAUUAGAUAUUUCCUUAGUUGAAAUUUCAUUCUCGUUUAUGCCUAACAUACCAAGAUGGGAUGAUUGAACGUUGCUUAUUAAGAAAAAUCCUUCAAGAAUGAUAUUUCUUUUAUUUUUUCUCGUCGAAUUGUGUCGGAUAAUUGUAGUUGUUUUAAUUGUUAUAGAUUUUUAUUUAUUUUUAGCAACGGCCCAUUGUUGUAUUUCGAAUCACUUGUAAGUUCCAUCUAGGUACGUUAGAAGUCCUUCAUAAGAAAACUGGGUAUAAGAAUCUUCGAAUUUUUAUUUUCAUUAAAAAAAGUUUUUAAAUAUUUAAUCUAAUGAAUGAUUAUGCGAUAGAUAGAUUAAUAGGAAUUUUGUUAAAGAGAUUAAACCCAGUUUGCUUACAGAUAUUAUAUUUAUUUCUAUUAUAUUCCAGAAAAUAGUAUUUUUUUAACGAAAAUUUUUAUUCCUUUGCAGCGAAAAAAUUAAAUCACUAAAUUAAUCUUACAUGAGUCAUCGAAUCUAUUUUCCUUCAACUCAAUUCUAAUCCGUCGAGUAUAUAUAUAUAUCUGCAAGAACGCAUCGAUGAAGAAGAGAUACAUUUCGUAAUAGAAAGUAGUGGACGACCAAUUCGAGAUAGUCGAUUGAAAUAAAAAAAAGAAAAAGACGAAAAAAGAGAGAGAAGAUAAAAAGGAAUCGUCUCUUCUCGAGUGCUGCAAUUGACAGGAUCGUGGUCUCGCUAUUAUCAUUACAGACUGUUAUGCCAGGUACAUUUUUCCUCGGGGAAAAAUAUCCGAUACGAAAUGAACGAGAGGAUUGAAAAUGUAACGAUGGUACUGAAUAAGAGAGAAAAAAGGAGAUAUAUAUAAAAAAAAAGAUUGAAAAUGUGUAGGAUGACUGCGAACAGUAACGAAUUUCAAGGAACGAUUUUAGUACGGUAGAAAUUAAUGGAUGGAAAAUUCCACCCCCGAACUGUGUCCAUUUUAAUUUUGCUCGUUCACGAAUAAUUUUUUCUCCCAUUUUUACCGGUCGUCCUCAUAGUUGAUUUGAUACAAGGGGACGAAGAGACUGGAACGCACACACAUAUAUAUAUCAUAUAUGUACGAGGAGCUGCAAUUUUCAUGGAACAAUAUGAUAACUUUAUGACUUCCAUUAAUAUGGAUAACUGUUCUCUUGGGACAAGCUCGAACGAAAGUGUAUUUCUCGCGAAUUUUUGGACAGAUUCCUUGAUCGAAUGAAAAUUUUCAACCAUUUCUUUUCUGUUCCAAAUUAACUUUGAAUUAAUACUUAAAUUGAAUUAAGGAUAAAAUAGAGAUAAGUAAAUAAUUCGUGAUAAUUAUUUCCAUUUAGAAUAAAAUUAAAAUGAAAAUUAAAAAAACAGAUAUUCAUUGUCUGGUCUAUACAGAAUAUUAAUAUAUUCGUAAUAAAUUUUUACGCAGAUCGAUUUUAGGGGGAAUAUCAGAGUUGAUAUUCAAAAAUAACUAUUUUAAUAAGAAAUUCUCUAGAAUAAACGUUCAACUAAAACCAUUUUUCUACUUUUCAAAAAAAAAAAAAAGAGAGAGAAGAAGAAGAAGGAAAAUAAAAGUUUUACAUCACUUGGAACAGAAAAUAUAAAAAUUAACGAUUAAAAAUUUUAACCGUUUUCAUCCGAUAUCUGGCCUUCGAAGAGAGGAAGUCGGUAAUUCGAAAGUUCUUUAACAAGCGGCAUGCGAGAGACAGGGAGUGGUGGCAAGAAUCUUUCCAGGAAGGUACCGUACUUGUCCACCACUUAAGUCACGAUUGCGUUAUCGUGAGUUCGCGAGGAUGCACACGCGGUUGGGAUAUGCCAUGUGCCUCCCUCGAAAAUAGAUUCACGGCUCUCUCGACAUUGCACGCUGCACUUCAUAUCGCGAGUUAGGCUGCUGUUGGUAAGCUCUUUAACUUUCUCUUUUCCAUAGCGUGUUGAUCCUUGUUUAGUAACAUGUCUCCUAUUUAUAACCAGCUCUCUGUUUCGGGACGAAGCGAGUUCCUCGAAUGAGUUUGCACGUAGAUACACACGCGUUGGAGGUGAAAAUAUUGGCACCAUGAGAUUAUAAUUAGAGAUGUUACUUAAUUCUUAAUUUUAGGAUAUGGAAUUUUUGGAAUUUGGAAAGUAUUUUUGUACGAAAGUAAAAAUUGUUUUUUUAUAAUUAGUUAUUAGCUCAUUCUAUUUUUCUUUCUUUCAUUUUUUUUUUCAAUUUUCAAAUUCCGAUUAUCAUUGUAUAAUAGAGUAGAAAUUAUUUAAAGAUAAAGAUAAUAAAAAAAUUAGAUAUUUACAUUGUAUUUAAUCACGGAAUUUUUCGAAGCAAAUGAAAAAUAGAUAAAUGAGAGAAUAGAAGUUUAUUUAAGGAAAGAGCUUCUCAGAUAUCUUUUUGGUCCAAUAUUUAUUCGUGAAAGAUGUAACUCAAAGAAAAGAUAUUCAUGAAGCAACUACAUCGAGAAACAGAAUCUUAUUCAAUGGGAAAUGGAAACUUCGAUUUUUAAUAAAUAUUGAAAUUACUGUUGAAAGUUACAAUAGUAGUUUUUUCUCGAGAACGAUUUUAAAAAGAAUCUUUUUGAGUUUCUAUGAAUUAUCUACAAAUAAAUCUCAUGUGUUCCUCUUUUAUCAUCUAACAAUAUCCGAAAUUUCUUCGUUCGCACCAACAGUCGCUUAACCCAUAACUAAAAGAUUCUACGUGAUAUAUUAUUUUAUAUAGUUGAAUAAAUUCCUUUUCUUUACAAUUUUUUAAAUUUUUACAGUUACAUAAAGUCUUUACGUAACUGCAAAAUAUUAUAUAACAAAUUUUGUUUCGUAAAUAUAAAAACAAACUUUAUUCAAUUCUUCUUGCAAAACUAUAUAUUCUCAUAAUCCAAAUCAUGCCUUCAAAAGACAUAAACAUUUUCUUUGCAUAUUUGAAUGUUCAAAAAAUAUAAAUCUAAAAAGUAAAAUAUAUCAAAAAUAUUCAUGUUCAACGCGGAGAAAAUAAUAUUUACAAAUUCCUAUUUCGAUUCCUUUAAAUUCCAUUCGUGGAAACUAUAAAAUUUCCAUAAUUCUAAAUUUCACCAACUUUCAAAUUACAUUUCGUCAGUAGUUAAGGAGUUAAACAAAGAAGCCUUCUACCAUUCCGUGUUUUCUUCACCGAGUGUCAUAAACAAUUUCACAACGACAACAGCUCUUUAUGCCAAUACUUUCACCCGGCAUCUCUUUUUUUUUAUCCUCUCCUCCUCUUGCUUCGAAAGCAGAGAGCUUGGAAACACACAGAGGGCGCCUCUCUUCGCCCAUUGCAUCCCAUUUGCAUCCUCCUCGAAAUUAUCUCGCCUAUCUUCCGACCGAGCCAGUACUUCGCGGCAUACUUGCGCCGUUUCAAGUUGCAAAAUUGCAUCCCCAAGAAAGAGGGGAAGCUGCAUAGAGAAGAUUCGAAGAGGAAUGCUAAGGAGGUAGAUGGAAAGAGAAGAAAAUCGAACAAGAGGAUGCAGUUCACCAAGGAAGGGAGUUCUUGCGCUCUCUAUUAUAAGUUAUACGGCCGCGGGACCAGCCUCGAGAGUUUUAAUUGCGUUACAAGCGAGCCAUUAUCCCGAGUUCCGACGAUUAAUCUCGAAAUCUGCCUUCUAUCUAUCGAAGUUCGCUUCGUCCAGAUGCCUUUGGACGCGAUGCAAGCAAGGGAGCAAAGGAAGUUGAUAAUAAACGAUGUAUAUAUGUGUUAAUUUGGACGAAGAAACAACGAUUUUAAUGGAGGAAAAUGAAUAUCGUUGUUUAUAUUCAAUUACGAGAUCCAUAAUUUUAACUCGAUUAGAAAAUCUUAUGUUUACUUAUAUAAGACUAAGGAUCUUAUAUAAGACUGAAUAUUACUUAUCUUAUAUACUACCAUAAAUACGUUUCAUAAGAUUUCCAAGUGAUUUCUGCAAAUUAUUCAAUUUGCAAGAAAGGAGAAAGAUCGACGUAAACAAUUUAUCUCGUUAGGGCUUAAACUUCGCACCGACGUUUCCAUUUCUAAAAUAUUGAUGAAGAUAGAUCGAAACAAAUAAAAGAAGAAAUCGUUAGAAAAGAAAUAUUUAUAUUGCAGAAAGUGAUAUCAAGGAUUAAUAAGAAUCUAUUAAAUAUUCUUUAAUAAACGAUUUAUCGAAAUAAUGGAUCGAAGGAUGUGAAUCAAUCUUAUACGCAUAUACACGCGCACCAAUACCAAUCCAUCGAGUAAUUUCACGCGGUCAAUUAUUUCCGGGAUCGGCACAUACCCAUUAACGCGUCCCCGAAUCGUCCAGCCAGACGCGGUUUGCACAACCACAGAUCCAAAAACGAGAGAUUCACAGAGAAACGAGAAAUCGGCUCGAGCUUGUCCCUAGGAAAACGAGAGACAUUCCAAUUCCUUGUACGAGCUAUGCUCGUUUUCACCGGAAACAUCCCCUCCCCCUCCCCCUGUAAUUCCCGUGAAACGUCCGCGAACACGUGAAAAAGGGAGAGAUCCUCUCGCGAACCAAGCAAUCUCGAUGGCUGGUUCCCUUUUCCUCCUCCUCCUCCUCCACUCUCUUCGCCCGUCUCUUCGAAAGGGAUUUAACUUGGACAAAAUUACAUUAGGACACAGUUGAAUCGAAUCCCAUUCUAAAUGGAGCCCCGUGGACGUUCGACCGUGCUACAAAUUAAGAGAACCAUCCUUCCAUCCCCCUUCUCCUCCUCUUCUUUCACCCUUUCGGUUGGCACUCGUUCAACAAGGGCCGUGGAUCGAUUCGGAAAAGGGGGGAGGGAGGGGGUUUCGCGAGAACACGGCUAGCCAGAAACGAUUUUCUCGCUCGUUUCCUCUCCGCCGACCUAUUGUCUCCUCGUCGACGCGCGAAACGCUUCACGCGCCGUCGAGCAACCUUCUCUCUUCGCCCGCGAUUCCUCUCGCUCAAAAGCAGCUCCAGAGAUGAAAACGCUUCUCUCUCUCUCUCUCUCUCUCUCUCUCUCUCUCUCUCUCUUUCUCUCUCUCUUAAGAGCGAAGCUUUUGCUUAAUUUCAAACGAUGCACACUGUGUGUGCCCUCUUGCGUACCGGAAGCGGAUGACGGUGUAUCUCUAAGGGGUUCUGGAGUUGGCGAAGAUGGGCAAAGUCGAGGUGAAAACUCGAGGAACGCGUGCAGAAUCGCGAGAUAGUGGUCGCGGAUCCCGUGGUUCCGGGGAAGAAGAGGUUCCUCGAGAACUGGUCAAAGUGGGAUCGCGCUGCCUCGUUAUACCUACUGUUCCUUCGAGUUUCUGAGGUUUGGAAAUCAUCUCUCUCUCUCUCUCUCUCUCUCUCUCUCUCUCUCUCUCUCUCUCUCUCUCUCUCUCGCAGUUACACGCUUUCUGCAUUCACGUCGAUGAGUGAUUUUUAUUUAUAGAUUCGGGAAGUGGUGUUAAUUCUAAUUCUGGUUUUUUUUUAGGUGUGAUUGUUGGUGUGAUUUGAUGAUUGAUGAGGUGAUUGAGGUGAUCGAUCGAGGGUGGAUUGUAAGAAAUUGAAAUGAUUUAUUUUGUAGAAUAAUCGAUAUAUUUGUGUUUUGCAUAAAUUUUGUGUAUUUUUUUUCUUUUUAGAUGUAUCGUUGAUAUGCCUUAGAGGAGUGUUUGAAUGAUAGAUUGGAGUGAAUCAAAAUUGAAAGUUGAAAAUGUGAUGAUAAUGACAAUAUGUGACAAUAUGUUGAUAAUUUGUUUUGUAAAGUAAUUUGAUCUGUAUAUUGUGGUUGGAGAAUAUAUGGUUUAAUAUUGACUGUAUACGAAAGACUCGGAAGGAUAUUUUUAAUAUAUUGGAUUUUAUUGGGAAAUUUUUUAAACGAUUAAUUUUAAACUACUGAUGGCUCUCAAUGGAGUGGAAAUCGUUAGAAGCGUUCGUUAACAGCCAACAUUGUUGAUAUUGAUCUAAA